AUGGAUGUUUCUUCCACUUCCGAUGAUGAAAUAACCCUCUUGCGCACUUGGGCCCUGACUGUCACUCAUGUGGCAUGUGAUUAUACGGAACAGAAAUUCAAUGCAGAGAAGACAGGAGGAGACCCAGUUAUACCUUCUCCAAACCUAGACACUGAUCUGGUGAUGGCUUGUGAUCGAUUGGUUGAUCGGCUCAUAAAGGCAUAUAAAAAUCCCAUUCAGAUGCAAAUCGAUAUUGCAAGAUAUAGCAAAUUGAUCUCCCCAAAGGACACGGGGUGUAAUGAAGAGAGAGAGGAAAAGUUGCUCGAGAGGUGUCCUCCUGGCCAUGAGGGCACAAAGUUGAUCGACAUACCCGCGACAAUUCUUGAUGCAUCCGGUGCCAUCAUUGCAUGGUGUGUUAUAUAUAUUGUGACUGGAUGGAUAUUGAACAUCAAAUGGUACGUACAGAAUGAAAUUUGGGUGGCCUCGGAUUUGCUAGCUCCCAUGCUCGAACAAAGCAUAAAGCUUGAUGGGAUUUGGCGGACUAAUCAACAGUGGUUCACACCAAGCUCGGAAAAUGAUGUCCUAACUCCCGGAUGCAAUCAGUCCGAUCCAGAGGUAUCUGCAUCAUUGAAGGGACCAUCCUCCGAGAACAUCCUCAAAGCCAUUGCGAGGCCAGCAGCCAUUGCCACAGCGGCACUCAGGGUGAUGCAUCCUGAGCAGUACUGGGCAGGGUUGCAAGCCUUUGCGAGCCUCGGAGAAAAGGCACGAAGCAAGGAACUGCCGAAGAUGUCAGAGACUCUCCAGUACUGGGCAACGGUGUUUAACAGCCUCACCGUCAUAUGCAAUCGGGAAACCCCGAAUCAUCGAGACCCCUCAUCAAUUUCCGAAUGCUUCGAUAUUCUCACUAGCGUGGGGAAUUAUUAUAAUGCUCGGAUGAGUAUGCCAAACCUGCAGCUGGAGUUAAGUGGAAGGGGAUCGGAUUGCCUGGGCAUGGUAUAUGAGGGAUGCUGUUCAUGUUUAUGCUGGGAUUCUGUCGUGUGGAUGGGCAAGGUUGGAUUGGAAGAAGUAGAAAGUGAUGUUGUACACAUUUCACCGACUACUGAGUACCGGGUUUCGGGUUUCGGUACACGGUACCCGGUACUUGAUAGUCGGGACUCGAUAUUUGAUUUCACCGACUACCGAGUACCGGGUUUCGGGGUUCGGUACACAGUACCUGGUACUCGGUGA